AUGAGCGCUGCUCAGGAGGAUGCACAAGGCUUCGAAAUAAGUGAUUCAGAAAGCUACGGCUUGGUGGAGCCGCGGAGCCUGAUCUCCUUCCUCUCAGACGCGGAUGUUCGCCUGGUCCGCCUGGAGUACCUCAUUGAGCUCCGCGAGUCCGGGAGGGUCCUUCCUCGGCGCCAAGAGGCCGAGGCGGAGAGGACGGCGUCGGAUAAGCCGGCCCUGGUUGGCGUCGACGAGCUCAAGGAAGUGAUGAUCAACGAAGAGACGGCCCACAUGUCCAUGAUGGUCAGGAACCCAGCGCCGAGGCAGGUCACCGUCCGCAUCGUCUCGGUGAGCCAUGUCUGGGAGAGCAUGCAACAUCCGGACCCUUGGAGGUUUGAGCUUGACAACAUCGUGGACGCAUAUCGCCCCCGACAGCUCGACUCCUUAGUGUGGAUCUUCCUGGACUUCGUCUCCCUCCACCAGUACCGCAGAGACGAGGCUCAAUACAAGCUCUUCCAGCGGGCGCUCCAGGGCAUGCAUAUUCUCCACGCGCAUGAGGCCGUGGAGGUCCACCGCAUCGAGGAGCUGACCCCGCAGAGCGUGCGAGAUGGAUGCGUAGCACGGAUCCCGGUGUACUGGGAUGUAAAAAAGAAAGUCAUGGAAAUCCCCAUCUGGGCCGAGAGGCAAUGGGCAACCCUCAGGGCCUCGCUGAAAAGCACCUCCGUGCCGCUCCCUCCCGAGAUGUUCCGGGCGCAGAUGCAGGACCUCAAGUUCACCCACCGGGACGACUCGGAGACCGUCUUCGAGCUGCAGAAGAAGGUCUUCCACCAGAAGGUUUCCUCCACAACGAGGCUCGUGGUCGAAGAUUUGGAUGCCAAGGGUCUUGCAGUGUUGCUUGCGGCGCUGCCUUCCUACCGCAAGUUGCAGGACGCAGUCGCUUUGGCGGCCGGUUUGUCGGGCUGCGCUCCUUUGGAGCGGCUGCACCUGAAGUGCACCACCGUCGGAGAGCUCGGCAGCAACGCUCUCCGGCAGAUGUCGGCACAUCUGGGAGCCCAGCUCGACCUCGCGCGCACCGUCGCAGACCGUGCUGGACCUGGGCAGGAAGCGGAACCGGUGCCGCCAGCGCCCCUCGGCCAUCCUGGCCAGCCGCGCACAGCGUUGCGCAUCCAG